AUGUUGUCCGCAUUAUUGCGACCCUUCCAGGGCACCAAUGCGUACAAUGCCGACGCCGCCGACGUGGAGCAGGAUCCUACGCCCCGCCCUUCGCCAGCGCAGUACAGCCAGCAUCGCCAUGCCACUGCCGAUUUCACCGAGGCCGACGACGAUGAGGAUGAAGAGGAGGAGUCCGCUCAUGGCGAGCAGUUUCGCUACCCUGUCGGGAGCCGCUCCCAAGAGGACGAAGACGGCCUGGCUCGGUCGGCCGGCCUCUUACCUCUAUUCGCCGCCGGGCACCUAGACUCGCUACCUAUAUACAGCAUAACGCACGCGAUUCGCAUCAUCGUUCAAGCCAGAAUCGAGACUACACUGACCUGGGAACAGUUGAGAUCUCCCCAGGUGUCCCAAUUCCUAGUCAAGCCGAUGCAGCAGCAGAUCCGAACACAACACUUUUCUCCCGGCACACUCUAUGCCUUGAUGGCCAAUUGCUUGCAGUUUGAGAAAGAGGGACAGUUGUACCUGGGGAACGCCGGCAUAAGCAGCACGAGGGCAAGGGUAUGCGAGCUGCUCGCCAUGAAGCUGCUCAAGGAGUACACCACUCGGGAGCUGAUCGAUGCCCUUUCUUACGACUUCUACCCGCUCCAGGGCGUCUCGGGAUCGCAGACUCCUCUCAAUGCAGGCAGCAGGCCCAAGACAGCCGCUCUCAGGACCUCGACUCUGGAAGUCGCCAUCCGGGCGUCCGCCAAGCACUUUCUAUCCCAUCCCCUGGUCGUACAGCAGCUUGAAGCCAUUUGGAACGGCGCCAUCAGCUUCUGUCCUACCCAAGAGCCGUCACAACGCCAGGAUCCUGGGCCUAGUGCUGAUGGCAGCAACCAAUCCAGGCGUCAAAGCACAGUGCGUACGCCGUUACUUGGUGGCCAGCAGGCUAAGGAGGACCCCGCCCGCCCUCAGCCGCUCCCGUCUGGUCGGCGGCCUGUCACUCUCUACGACCCUCGCACCGCUUCGCUAUUCAAGUUGUCUAGGCUGCGGGUCCCGCGUUACCGGCAAAUACUCUCCGCGUGCUCUCUCGUAAUAUUGAUCGGCCUGUUCCUGGCUGUCUUGGCCCAGCGAUCAAGCAAGAUCACGUCGCUAGAGCUUCUCUUUUGGUUCUGGAGCGCCGGCUUGAUGCUCGACGAAAUUGUCGGUUUCAACGAGCAGGGCUUCUCGCUUUACAUCAUGAGCUUCUGGAACAUUUUUGAUCUGGCCAUAUUGCUGUUGUUGAUUGUCUACUACUGCAUGCGUGUCUACGGCGUGUUCCUUCUAGACCCUCACAAGUGGAACGAAAAUGCCUACGACGUCCUCGCUGCUAGCGCUAUCCUGUUACUGCCCAGGGUAUUCUGCGUGCUGGACCACCACCACUACUUCUCCUGGCUGCUAACGGCUUUUCGGCUGCUGGUAGUAGAUUUGGUGGCCGUUUUCGUGCUCAUUUUGGGGUGCUGCAGUGGAUUUUUUGUGUUCUUUGCGUUCUCCAAGAACUCAGAGGACCCAUAUGCGCUGGCCUUCAAGAUAUUCCAGGUUUUGAUGGGUUUCACCCCCGGUGCCUGGGACGUGUGGUCGUCCUACAACUGGAUGGGAAAGGGGCUCAUGGCCCUCUUUCUCAUCAUCUGUCACUUUGUAGUGCUAACCAUCCUCAUCACAGUCUUGAGCCACUCAUUCACCUCGAUCGCUUCCAGAGCGAAUCAAGAGCAUCAGUUUCUGUUUGCCAUCAAUACAAUCUCCAUGGCCAAAAAUGAUGCCCUCUUCUCUUACGUCGCUCCCGCCAACAUUCUGGCAUGGGCUUUGAUGCCCUUGAGAUACUGCAUGCCGCAGAAACAGUUCGUCUACCUGAACCGGGCAGUAGUCAAGGCCACUCAUUUCCCGCUGCUAUUCUGCAUUUACUUCUAUGAGAAGUAUUUCUUGGCUCCUGGCAUGUACGAGGCGACGGACCUCGUGGAUAAGCCUUCACGUGGUCGCCAGCGUGGCAUGCCCUUCGCAGACGCGGCAGGCAGAUCCGCCUUCUUCAGCCCCAGCAUCCGAGUACGUGAAGAGUCGGUUUUUGACUUCCAGAAGGACCGCGCACUGGAAGAGGUCUUUCGGCGUGCACCGGACAGCGCUGUCCUGCGAACGCAAAGACGGAACGAGCGGCGCAAGACGCAAAAUGCGAUUCGGACAUGGAUGGACCAGCAUGACGCUGGAUUCAAUACGCCCCCGAAUUACUCGACUCAGAAUUACUCAACGAUCGACAGCAGGAUAACGAGUGACUGGCACAGGAGGUUGAGCAUGAACCGUGAGAGGCCCUCGAGGUUUCCGAAGCAUUAUUCCGACAUUAGAUCGGCCGCAAGCGACCCCGCCGAUCUCAUCUCAGAUGCCGCUUUUCCCGCGGCGCACGAGCUCUACAAUGACGGAAUCGCACGGCGGGAUUAUGCUAUAGAGGUCAAAGAGAACACGGACGGAGAUGCUGACGGAGAUGACGAGUUGGUAACCAACGACGAGGACGAGGAAGAUAACGCGACGAACAAUUUGGAUGACGGUGUUGCUGCCCGAGGGGAGGCCAUUGAAGAAGACUACUUCACGACGCCCGUCGCCACACGGUUUGCCAACGCAGAUCACGCCUCGCCCGAUUCUCCUCGCCCUGCCACCUCUCGACGCAUGGCGCUGCAUCACCGGACUUUAUCAACCAAUACCAUCCUAUUUGCGCCUGAGGAGCCUGAUCGGCCAUACAGCGAUUCCUCUGCCUCCGCCUGGCCAGCAACGACCCCUCGCCCGUUAUCCCAUCCGAUCAGUGUCCGGCACUCUCCCGCCGCAACGCCAGGCACUCCGCGAGGCGCUGACGGCCGUCGCUCUCCACGGCGAUCGCUGUAUCUGGCGUCCCGCCCGCGAUUUAUUCCCGACACCCCUGCUGGCAGCGCAGUUCGGACAGUGCUCCACAACCGCACGGGCGGCCUGACCUUGGACAUCCCCACUAAUACCAUUCCUGUCACCGGCGGCGGCGGCAGGAAAAUGCCAGCCCGCCGAAGAUCCUUGGUAGAUUUCGAAGUAUUCUCAGACCCCCAUCUCACUGCGCAAGCAGGGGCAGAUGGCCCGUCCAGCCUGCCUACCACGGCCACGGGGAGCGCCGCCAUGUUCCCGUCCAAGGCACAGGACGAGCAGCUGCGACAUGCCGCCGCCGCCGGCAGCAGCGGCAGCAGUACCCGCCUGAACAGAGCCAUGCUGGCAAAGAUGAAAUCCCUCGAGGACAGUCUCGGCCACAUGGUUCGUCAGAUGCGGGUGCUGAGGAUGUCGGUGCCGAACACGGCGCAUAAUUCGGAUGAUGGUGGUGGUGCUGAUGAGGCUGGCGAGCACCAGCCGCAGCCGCGGUUCACGGUCGGGUCGGAUCCUUCCUCGUCUGCCGUGGGUGCAGGCGGUGCUGGCGGCGGCGGCCCUGUCAUUGAGGUUGCUGUUGCUGCGGGUGCCGGGGUAGGUGGCGGGCAUGGCAGGGCCGGGAUGCUGCGGAGAUCAAGGACCACUGGGGCUGCUACUGGUGCUAGUACGCCAAGGAGAAUGCCUCUGCGCAGAGGGGUCGGGGUUGGGUACUGGAGGAGUCCGCCACCGGACAGGCAUUCGCCUGCUAGAGAGAGAGGAGGCGGUACGAUGAGUAAUCAUGUCCGUGGUGAGGCGGAAAUGGGGUUCGAAAAGGGGAAAGAGAAGGGCAAGGAAAGGGAGAGAGGAGUCAGGCUGUCGAGCAGUUCGCUCGGGGAUAGCCCGGCUAUGUCGCCUGAUUUUCAGGUUGCUGUUGUGACGGAGUUCGCUGCUGCUCAGGAGGCCAGGUCUUCGCUGUGA